GCCUCCGAGUGAUCCAGCAACAUGGUUGCCUUGUCGCUGAAAAUCUGUGUCCGCCAAUGCAAUGUGGUGAAGACGAUGCAGUUUGAACCCUCCACGGCAGUGUAUGAUGCAUGCCGGGUUAUCCGUGAGAGAGUACCAGAAGCUCAGACAGGGCAAGCCUCUGACUAUGGAUUAUUCCUGUCCGAUGAAGAUCCGCGGAAAGGCAUUUGGCUGGAGGCCGGCAGGACCCUGGAUUACUACAUGCUGCGGAAUGGGGAUAUUUUGGAAUACAAAAAGAAACAGAGGCCCCAGAAAAUCAGGAUGUUGGAUGGCUCCGUGAAGACAGUGAUGGUGGAUGACUCCAAAACCGUUGGAGAAUUGCUGGUGACCAUUUGCAGCCGGAUAGGAAUAACAAAUUAUGAAGAAUAUUCCUUAAUCCAAGAAGGCAGUGAAGAAAAGAAGGAGGAGGGCACAGGGACGCUGAAAAAGGACCGCACGCUGCUAUGGGAUGAAAAAAAAAUGGAGAAACUGAAAGCCAAACUGCACACAGAUGAUGACUUGAACUGGUUGGAUCACAGCCGAACGUUUCGGGAGCAGGGGGUCGACGAGAGCGAGACGCUGCUUCUGAGACGCAAGUUCUUCUAUUCGGACCAGAACGUGGAUUCCAGAGACCCCGUUCAGCUCAACUUGCUUUACGUUCAGGCCCGUGACGACAUUCUGAACGGUUCCCACCCGGUAUCCUUUGAGAAGGCCUGUGAAUUUGGCGGUUUUCAGGCACAGAUCCAGUUUGGGCCUCACGUGGAGCACAAGCACAAACCCGGCUUUUUAGAUCUGAAAGAAUUUCUCCCAAAAGAAUAUAUCAAGCAAAGAGGAGCUGAAAAGAGAAUAUUCCAGGAACACAAGAAUUGCGGAGAGAUGACAGAAAUAGAGGCAAAAGUGAAAUACGUUAAGUUGGCCCGGUCUCUGAGGACCUAUGGAGUCUCCUUUUUCCUGGUGAAGGAGAAAAUGAAAGGAAAGAACAAACUGGUCCCUCGUUUGCUAGGAAUUACCAAGGAGUCCGUGAUGCGCGUGGAUGAAAAGACCAAGGAGGUCUUGCAGGAAUGGCCACUGACCACUGUGAAACGCUGGGCGGCCUCACCCAAAAGCUUCACGCUGGAUUUUGGCGAGUACCAAGAAAGCUACUAUUCAGUGCAGACCACUGAAGGGGAGCAGAUCUCUCAGCUGAUCGCAGGUUACAUUGACAUCAUCCUCAAGAAGAAGCAAAGCAAAGAUCGCUUUGGGCUGGAAGGAGAUGAAGAAUCCACAAUGCUGGAAGAAUCCGUCUCACCUAAAAAGUCAACCAUUUUGCAGCAGCAGUUCAACCGCACCGGAAAGGUUGAGCAUGGCUCCGUGGCGCUUCCGGCUGUCAUGCGCUCAAGCUCCACCGGCCCAGAGACGUUCAAUGUUGGCAGCAUGCCUUCUCCGCAGCAGCAGGUCACGGUUGGGCAGAUGCACAGGGCCCACAUGCCCCCUUUGACUUCAGCCCAGCAGGCCCUGAUGGGCACCAUCAACACCAGCAUGCAGGCGGUCCAGCAGACACAGGCAGAUCUCACCCAAGUCGAUGAUCUUCCACCUUUAGGAAACGAUAUGGCAUCCAGAGUGUGGGUUCAGAACAAAGUGGACGAAUCAAAACAUGAGAUCCACUCGCAAGUUGACGCGAUCACGGCAGGAACAGCUUCAGUGGUGAACCUUACGGCAGGGGACCCGGUGGACACGGAUUACACCGCGGUGGGCUGUGCCAUCACCACCAUCUCCUCCAACCUCACGGAGAUGUCCAAGGGGGUCAAGCUGCUGGCGGCCCUCAUGGACAACGAGGUCGGGAGCGGGGAGGACCUGCUGAAGGCAGCCCGGACCUUGGCAGGGGCCGUCUCCAACCUCCUCAAAGCGGUGGAACCGGCCUCGGGAGAGCCCCGCCAGACUGUCCUGACUGCAGCCGGCAGCAUCGGCCAAGCCAGCGGGGAGCUGCUCAGGCAGAUUGGAGAGAAUGAGACGGACGAACGAUUCCAGGAUGUGUUGAUGAGCCUGGCCAAAGCUGUGGCCAAUGCCGCCGCCAUGUUGGUGCUGAAGGCCAAGAAUGUCGCUCAGGUGGCCGAGGACACGGUUCUGCAGAACAGGGUGAUCGCGGCUGCCACGCAGUGCGCCCUUUCCACCUCGCAGCUGGUGGCUUGUGCAAAGGUGGUGAGUCCCACCAUCAGCUCUCCAGUGUGUCAGGAGCAGCUGAUUGAAGCUGGGAAGCUGGUGGACCGUUCCGUGGAGAACUGCGUGCAGGCGUGCCAGGCUGCCACGGAUGACACCGAACUGCUCAAGCAAGUCAGCGCAGCAGCCAGCGUGGUCAGCCAGGCCCUAAGUGACCUCCUGCAGCACGUCCGCCAGUUUGCCAGUCGGGGGGAGCCCAUUGGCCGCUACGAUCAGGCCACCGACACCAUCAUGUAUGUCACCGAAAGCAUCUUCAGUUCCGUGGGGGAUGCCGGUGAAAUGGUACGGCAGGCCAGGGUGUUAGCGCAAGCAACUUCAGAUCUUGUGAACGCCAUGCGGUCAGAUGCCGAGGCAGAAAUCGACAUGGAAAACUCUAAGAAGCUUCUGGCAGCUGCCAAACUUCUUGCUGAUUCCACAGCCCGGAUGGUGGAAGCUGCAAAGGGAGCUGCUGCAAACCCAGACAACGAAGAUCAGCAGCAGAGGCUGCGGGAAGCGGCCGAAGGGCUCCGGGUCGCCACCAAUGCAGCUGCGCAGAACGCCAUUAAGAAGAAGAUUGUGAACAGACUGGAGGUGGCAGCUAAACAGGCAGCAGCAGCUGCAACACAAACAAUUGCAGCCUCGCAGAACGCUGCCAUUUCAAACAAGAACGCGGCAGCCCACCAGCAGCUGGUCCAGAGCUGCAAGAACGUGGCCGAUCACAUCCCGCAGCUUGUUCAAGGCGUGCGGGGGAGCCAAGCACAGGCGGAGGACCUGGGCGCCCAACUCGCCUUGAUCAACUCCAGCCAAAAUUUCCUUCAGCCCGGGAACAAAAUGGUGGCUUCAGCCAAAGCAGCUGUCCCGACCGUGACUGACCAGGCUGCGGCCAUGCAGUUGAGCCAGUGUGCCAAGAAUCUGGCCACCAGCCUUGCCGAGCUGCGGACAGCCUCGCAGAAGGCACAUGAAGCCUGUGGCCCCAUGGAGAUCGACUCUGCCUUGAACACCGUCCAGACGCUCAAGAAUGAGUUGCAGGAUGCGAAGAUGGCAGCGCUUGACGGGCAGCUGAAGCCUCUUCCGGGAGAAACGCUUGAAAAAUGUGCACAGGACUUGGGAAGCACCUCCAAAGCUGUCGGUUCCUCCAUGGCCCAGCUGUUGACAUGCGCAGCCCAAGGCAACGAAGAUUAUACAGGGGUGGCUGCCCGGGAAACAGCCCAGGCACUGAAAACGUUGGCCCAAGCAGCACGAGGCGUGGCCGCAUCCACUGGCGACCCAGCUGGGGCCCACGCGAUGCUGGACUCCGCCUGGGAUGUGAUGGAAGGCUCAGCCCUGCUCAUCCAGGAGGCCAAACAGGCCCUUGUGGCUCCAGGAGAUGCCGAGAGCCAGCAGAGGCUGGCCCAGGUGGCCAAAGCGGUGUCCCAUUCCCUGAACAACUGCGUCAACUGCCUUCCUGGCCAGAAGGACGUGGACGUGGCCCUGAAGAGCAUUGGCGAAUCCAGCAAGAAGCUGCUGGUGGAAUCGCUGCCCCCCAGCUCCAGGUCAUUCCAAGAAGCACAGAGCGAGCUCAACCAGGCGGCGGCGGACCUGAACCAGUCAGCUGGGGAGGUGGUGCACUCCACGCGGGGCCAGAGUGGGGAGCUGGCGGCUGCUUCGGGAAAGUUCAGCGAGGACUUCGACGAGUUUCUCGACGCAGGGAUCGAAAUGGCCGGCCAGGCUCAGACGAAAGAGGACCAGAUCCAGGUCAUCGGGAACCUCAAGAACAUCUCCAUGGCUUCCAGCAAGCUGCUUCUGGCGGCCAAGUCUCUUUCGGUGGACCCUGGGGCUCCCAACGCCAAGAAUCUCCUAGCGGCGGCUGCCAGGGCAGUCACGGAGAGCAUCAACCAGCUCAUCACCCUGUGCACUCAACAAGCUCCUGGCCAGAAGGAGUGUGACAAUGCCCUCCGGGAACUGGAGACCGUGAAGGAGAUGCUGGAGAAUCCCAGCGAGCCCGUGAGCGACCUGUCUUAUUUCGACUGCAUCGAAGGCGUCAUGGAGAGCUCCAAGGUGCUUGGGGAGGCAAUGGCUGGCAUCUCCCAGAAUGCCAAGACCGGCGACCUUCCUGUCUUUGGGGAAUGCGUGGGCGUGGCUUCCAAGGCGCUCUGCGGUCUCACCGAAGCGGCAGCUCAGGCUGCCUACCUCGUGGGCAUCUCCGAUCCCAACAGCCAGGCUGGCCAGCAGGGCCUUGUGGAUCCGAUCCAGUUUGCCCGGGCCAACCAGGCCAUCCAAAUGGCGUGCCAGAACUUGGUGGAUCCAGCCAGCAGCCCCUCCCAGGUCUUAUCGGCGGCCACCAUAGUAGCCAAGCACACCUCUGCCCUGUGCAACGCCUGCCGCAUCGCUUCGUCCAAAACGGCCAACCCUGUCGCCAAGAGGCACUUUGUCCAGUCGGCCAAGGAGGUGGCCAACAGCACGGCAAACCUGGUGAAGACCAUCAAGGCUUUGGAUGGGGACUUCUCGGAAGACAAUCGGAGCAAGUGCCGGACCGCCGCCGCCCCCCUCAUCGAAGCUGUGGAGAACCUAAGUGCCUUUGCCUCCAAUCCGGAGUUUGUCAGCAUCCCUGCUCACAUUAGUGCAGAGGGCUCUCGCGCACAGGAGCCCAUCCUGGCCUCCGCUCGGACCAUGCUGGAGAGCUCGUCCUCCUUGAUCAAAACGGCUCGCUCGCUGGCAGUCAACCCCAAGGACCCCUCCACCUGGUCCGUCCUGGCUGGGCAUUCGCACACCGUCUCCGAGUCCAUCAAGAGCCUCAUCACUUCCAUCAGAGACAAAGCUCCAGGUCAGCGGGAGUGCGACCAUGCCAUCGAUGGAAUUAACAAGUGCAUUAGAGACAUUGAACAAGCCUCCCUCGCUGCCGUUAGUCAGAACCUGGCCAUGAGGGAUGACAUUUCUGUGGAGGCCUUGCAAGAACAGCUGACCUCUGUAGUCCAGGAAAUUGGCCAUCUCAUUGAUCCCAUUGCAACUGCAGCCCGAGGUGAGGCUGCUCAGCUUGGACACAAGGUGACGCAGCUCUCCAGCUAUUUUGAACCCUUGGUUCUUGCAGCCGUUGGGCUGGUCUCCAAGUUGAUGAGCCACCAGCAGCAGAUGAACUUGCUGGACCAGACAAAGACCUUGACGGAAUCGGCCCUCCAGAUGCUCUACGCGGCCAAGGAGGGAGGAGGAAAUCCGAAGGCUUCACACACUCAUGACGCUAUCCUGGAGGCGGCGCAGCUCAUGAAAGAGGCCGUGGAGGACAUAAUGGUGACCUUGAAUGAGGCUGCCAGCGAAGUGGGCAUGGUGGGGAACAUGGUGGACUCCAUUGCUGAAGCCGUGAGCGAGCUGGAUGAAGGGACGCCACCAGAGCCCAAAGGGUCCUUUGUUGACUACCAGACCACCGUCGUCAAAUACUGCAGGGCCGUUGCGGUCACAGCCCAAGAGAUGAUGACCAAGGCGGUGACUAAUCCAGAGGAACUGGGAGGACUCGCAUCGCAAAUGACCACCGACUACGGACACUUGGCUUCCCAAGGACGGAUGGCGGCAGGGACUGCAGAACCGGAGGAGAUAGGGUUCCAGAUCAGAACGCGGGUUCAAGAACUUGGGCACAGCUGUAUUUUCCUGGUCCAGAAGGCCGGGGCCCUGCAGAUCUGUCCGACCGAUGGCUACGUCAAGCGGGAGUUGAUUGAAUGCACCCGGACAGUCAGCGAAAAGGUGUCCCUGGUGUUGUCGGCUCUCCAGGCAGGGAACAAGGGCACCCAGGCAUGCAUCACGGCUGCCAGCGCCGUCUCGGGCAUCAUUGCCGACUUGGAUACCACCAUCAUGUUUGCUGCGGCCGGGACGCUGAACGCUGAGAACAACGAAUCCUUUGCUGACCACCGGGAAAACAUUCUAAAGACUGCAAAGGCUUUAGUUGAAGACACCAAGCUGCUGGUCUCUGGAGCUGCCUCGAGCCAGGAGAAAUUGGCCCAAGCGGCCCAGUCUUCGGCAAGCACCAUCACGCAGCUGGCGGAGGUCGUGAAGUUGGGGGCAGCCAGCCUGGGCUCGGAUGACCCUGAAACUCAGGUCGUGCUAAUCAAUGCCAUUAAGGAUGUGGCGAAGGCCUUGUCUGACCUCAUCGGUGCCACCAAAGGGGCCGCGAGCAAGCCAGCGGACGACCCGUCGAUGUACCAGCUCAAGGGAGCUGCCAAAGUGAUGGUGACCAACGUCACAUCCCUCCUGAAGACGGUGAAGGCAGUAGAGGAUGAGGCCACCCGGGGAACGAGGGCUCUUGAAGCCACCAUCGAAUACAUCAAGCAGGAGCUCACGGUGUUCCAGUCCAAGGAAGUUCCCGAAAAGACCUCGUCCCCAGAAGAAUCCAUUCGGAUGACAAAAGGCAUCACCAUGGCAACGGCCAAAGCCGUAGCAGCCGGGAACUCCUGCCGGCAAGAGGACGUGAUUGCCACGGCCAACCUCAGCCGCAAAGCCGUGGCUGACAUGCUGGCGGCCUGCAAGCAAGCCUCCUACCACCCCGACGUCAGCGAAGACGUCCGGACAAGAGCCCUGCAUUAUGGGACCGAGUGCACCUUGGCAUACCUGGAGCUCUUGGAACACGUUCUGACGAUUCUCCAGAAGCCCAGUGCCGAGCUGAAGCAUCUGUUAACCGCCUUGUCCAAGGGGGUUGCGGGGGCCGUGACGGAGCUCAUUCAAUCCGCUGAAGCCAUGAAAGGCACGGAGUGGGUCAACCCCGAAGAUCCCACCGUCAUUGCCGAGACAGAGCUCCUCGGAGCUGCUGCUUCCAUUGAGGCCGCCGCCAAAAAGCUGGAGCAGCUGAAGCCCAGAGCCAAGCCCAAGCAGGCAGACGAGACCCUGGAUUUCGAAGAACAGAUUCUCGAAGCUGCCAAGUCGAUCGCUGCCGCCACCAGUGCCCUGGUCAAGUCGGCCUCUGCCGCUCAGAGGGAGCUGGUCGCCCAAGGCAAGGUGGGAGCCAUCCCUGCCAACGCUGCUGAUGAUGGACAGUGGUCUCAGGGGCUGAUUUCUGCGGCCCGGAUGGUGGCCGCGGCAACCAGCAACCUCUGUGAAGCAGCCAACGCGUCGGUCCAAGGCCACGCCAGCGAGGAGAAGCUCAUCUCCUCGGCCAAGCAAGUGGCCGCUUCCACGGCGCAGCUGCUGGUGGCCUGCAAAGUGAAGGCUGACCAGGACUCGGAGGCCGUGAGGAGGCUCCAGGUCGCGGGCAACGCCGUGAAACGGGCAUCAGACAACUUGGUCAGGGCGGCCCAGAAGGCUGCCUUUGGAAAGGCGGAUGACGACGAUGUGGUGGUGAAGACCAAGUUUGUGGGAGGCAUUGCACAGAUCAUCGCAGCCCAGGAGGAGAUGCUGAAGAAAGAACGGGAGCUGGAAGAAGCCAGGAAAAAGCUGGCCCAGAUCCGCCAGCAGCAGUACAAGUUUCUCCCGAGCGAACUGCGGGAAGAGGAGGGCUAAACGGCCACCCCGGUUUUGUUUGGGAGAAAGAGUGCUGAGAUGGGCG